UCGCGUAGUUUUGGCCCGCGUUGUUUUGGGCUGUACCCCCUUAUCAGCUUAUCGUUUAAGUAUUUUCUGUCAAAUUUUUUUGUUGAAAUUUAUCAAUUUUAUGCCCUAAAGGUUUUUUUAAAUUAUUUAAGAAUGUUUCGGUCUUGUUAUUUUCUUCAUUUUAAUGCCAAAAAAUCAAUUUGUGGACAGCAACUUCCAUUUACGUUAAGGUCAUAUUUGAGCACAAGUCAACUUCUUCGUUUAUUUAUCCAAAUACAAGAAACUCCAAAUCCUCUCAGUCUUAAAUUUCUUCCCGGUCAAAAAUUAUUAAAAGAUUCUAAUCGAACAUUUGAAUUUACUUCUGCAAAAGAAGCUGCCCAUCAAAGUCCUUUGGCUAGAGAUUUACUUCGGAUUGAUGGUGUUAGAAGUGUUUUCUUUGGGGAAGAUUUUGUAAGUAUUCAAAAAAGAGGUGAAGAUGAAGAUUGGGCAUUAAUGAAACCUUUAAUUUUUGCUGCCAUAAUGGAUCAUUUACAAAAUGGGAGACCUAUAAUUAUUGAAAAUAAUUUGGAUAAUUUAAAUGUUGGGCCUUCAGAUACGGCAAUUUUGCCAGAAGAUGACGAAGUUGUCGCUACAAUUAAAGAAUUAUUGGAAACAAGAAUUAAACCGAUGGUACAGGAAGAUGGUGGGGAUGUUUUGUAUGCUGGAUUUGAAGAUGGAAUUGUUAAAUUAUUAUUAAAGGGUUCAUGUACAGGCUGUCCAAGUUCUUUAGUUACUUUAAAACAAGGAAUUAAAAAUAUGAUGCAGUUUUAUGUUCCUGAGGUAAAAGAUGUUGUCGAAAUACCCGACCCAAAUAGAGAUUUAGAAGAACAAGCACUCGAAGAAUUUGAAUUUAAAUUGAAAAAAGCACCAAAAAAUGAAAGCUGA